GCUGAACCUUCGGAAGGCUGCAGAGUUUCCCCUGCCAUCCUGAGGCAUUGUGCUGCUGAGCUGGCUCCAGUGUUCACGGACAUCUUCCUUGGUGUCCUGUCAUGUUCCUGCCUGCUUUAAGUCCUCCACUAUCAUUCCUGUUUCCAAGAAGAAAGCCAGGAUCACAGGACUUAACGACUCACCUGAAAUCUAUCACUGCUUCUCACCUGGACUCAUUGCAGUUUGCCUACAGAGCCAACAGACCUGUGGACCAUGCAGUGAACCAGGCCCUUCAUUUCGUUCUGGAGCAUCUGGACUGCCCAGGAACCUAUGCCAGGAUCCUGUUUGUGGACUUCAGCUCUGUCUUUAACAGGAUUCUUCCAGCUCUGCUUGAAGACAAGCCUCGCCAGCUGGACGUGCCUGACUCCCUCAGCAGGUGGAUGACAGACUUCCUGACCAGCCGGAGUCAGCGUCUGCAGCUGGGGACAACUGUCUCCGACACUCGGACCCUCAACAUUGGGUCUCCUCAGGGCUGUGUUCUCUCUCCAUGGCUCUUCUCUCUGUACACUAACUGCUGCACCUCCAGCCACAAGUCCGUGAAGCUGAUCAAGUUUGCGGAUGACACCACCAUCAUCGGGCUCAUCUCAGAUGGAGAUGAGUCGGCUUACAGGAGGGAGGUGGAGCGGCUGGUGUCCUGGUGCAGCCACAACAACCUGGAGCUCAACGCUCAGAAGACAGUGGAGAUGGUCAUGGACUUCAGGAGAGUAACAGUUUCUCUGUCCCCUCUCAUGUUGGCUGGUUUAGCCAUUCCUAUUGUAGACUCCUUCUGCUUCCUGGGAACCACCAUCACUGAGGACCUCAAAUGGGAGCCAACCAUCAGGUCCCUCAUCAGGAAGGCCCAGCAGAGAAUGUUCUUUCUGAGGCAGGCUAAGAAAACUACGACUGCCGACGAAGUUGCUGGUGGAGUUCUACACGGCCAUCAUCCAGUCCAUGCUCACCUCCUCUAUCACCGUCUGGUACAACAGCGCCACCUCCAGGGACAAGAGCCGACUGCAGCGCAUCGACCCAGAGACGUGCAGGUGGGAUCAGAGCCGAGCCUUCUCACCCUGGACAUGGACUGUUUGUUCCUCUUCCUCUGGCAGGAGGCUACGGUCCAUCCAGACCAGAACCUCCCGUCACAGGAACAGUUUCUUCCCCUCGGCCAUCAGACUGUUGAAUUUGUGAUCAGCCUUUGAUUGUUUGUGGGUAUUAUAUUUGUUUUUUAUUUUAUUAUUUUACAUCCAAAGCACUUUCCUAGUUGGUGGGAUCCCCACUGACCAUGACAGUAAAGUUGAUUCUGAUUAAAUUUGAAUAAAGUCACUGGCUGCCUCAGAC